AUGCAAUAUCUCUUAUUUCUUGAUAUCCUUAGUCAAAAUGGACUGAAAAAUUCACCAUCAUUACCACCAUCCGAUAUAACAAAUGUUAUAUCUACAUCUAUUACAGGAGAAUUAACAUUGGAAAAGAUAAUAAUAAUGAAAAAAAAGAUUUUAUUAAAACUUGGAGAAAUUGAUAAUGAGAUUGGUGUAUUUAAUGAAUUUGAUGAAUUUUUAUCAAAAAAAAGUACAAAAAGACUAUGUUUUUUCCAGAAUACUUGA